AUUGUGUCUUGGUCUCCCCCAUCAGAUGCCUGUGAGCUCACACUGGACCCAAACACAGCAUACAGAGGACUUUCUCUGUCUGAGGAGAACAGAAAGGUGACAAGGAGGAGAGAGGAGCAGCCGUAUCCUGAUCACCCAGAGAGAUUUGACUUCUGGUCACAAGUGCUGUGUAGAGAGGGUCUGUCUGGGCGCUGUUACUGGGAGGCAGAGAGGAGUGGAGGAGUGGUUCAUAUAGCAGUGACAUAUAAAGGAAUCAGCAGGAGAGGAGGGGGUGCUGACUGUGGGCUUGGAUACAAUAACAAGUCCUGGAGUCUGGAAUGUUAUGGUAACAGUUACUCUGCCUGGCAAAAUAAUAAAAUAGCUGCCAUACCUGCCCCCUCCUCCAGCUCCCACAGAGUAGGAGUGUAUCUGGACUGGCCGGCCGGCACUCUGUCCUUCUACACAGUCUCCUCUGACACACUGACCCACCUGCACACAUUCCACAGCACAUUCACUGAGCCCCUCUAUCCUGGGUUCAGGGUUCUUAACUAUGACUCCUCAGUGUCCCUGUGUCAGGUAAAAUAGCCCACACACACUCUCACACACUGUGCUCACAUAGAUGUCAGUGAAGAUUGAACUGUACACAGUUGGAAUUGAUAUCCCAGAGUGUUUGU